CUUGAAAUUCUUGAGAGCACAACUGGUGACUGAACAUGUCUUCUUCCCUUGGGCUGCUCUGUCGGCAAUGUUGUCGUUCAAUUCUUAGUCCACGUCCAGCACUCGUUAGAGAGUUUUCCUCAACGUCCGUCGUAGCCCUACGGCGAACGAAAAAGAUCCCUGUGCUGUCAAAGAAAGCUCUAGCAGCAAAAGCAAGAAAGCGCGCAGCGAAGGCUCGCAAGCACAUAUACGAAAAUGAGAAGAUGCCUCUUGAAAGUGCUAUUGACGUGAUCCGUGCGGUCGAAGUUGCUAAAUCAAAUGCUACCUACGAACUAGUGAUCAAGACUGCCAUGACCCGUGGCUCUAUUAUUCCAAAGGGUCGUAUUGCUCUCCAUCGUGAAACUAAACCUCGCCCCGAAGACCGCAUCCUCAUAUUUGCUGAGGGCCGUCAGGCAGACGAGGCAAAGAGCGCAGGUGCACACAUCGUCGGUGGAAUUGAGCUGGUGGAUGGUAUAAUCAGCGGCAAACACCAAGCAACUACCAUUCUAUGUUCCACGGCCCUCAUCCGGACUAUCACCCCCAAGCUCGGACGUAUCCUCGGUCCGCGCGGUUUGAUGCCUUCGGAGCGUCGAGGAACGGUUACAGACGAUUUUACCGGUUACUUGCGACGUCUUUCUGGCACGGCAGAGUGGAAAGGCGACAAGAACGGCGUCAUUCGGAUGCCCAUUGGCAAGCUCCACUUCCCAAUAGAAGACUUAGUUAAAAACAUCAGACAAUUCGUGACUGCGGUCAAACGGGUGACCGGGAACCAGAAAGAUACCGAAGAGAAGGGGAAGAGCAAAAGCGUCAAGCCCGUCAAUGCCAUCACCCGGGUCAUGUUGAGCUCAACGCAGGCACCCAGCAUUCAGAUAUCGGACAUUUGAUGGAGGCUAGAGCAGUGUUGAUCGGGUACUAGGCUAGACCAUGGAAGUUUCAAUUUCAAAUAGUCUGCUCGAGGAGCAAUGCGCUACUCGUGCAUUUUUGCAAAAUAACCUUUACCUUGCCAUUAACCAUUGGAAUAUUGAAGUGCCUUCUUUGCUUCCAUAUCCUAGAUGUUUCACGAAGUGGUCCCACCACCAUCCUCUGUUCAGGGCUCCUUACUGGCUCUUCUCAUUCCCUCGGACCGUCAACUAGGAAGCUUAGACAUGCCAGAAGGUCCAAAUAUUAACUGACCCCUGGUACAAGUUCGCCGUAGCGCAUAACACGUUGAGAUGGCGUGUUUAGCACUGACUUGUACGUGAUCGAUAAUGCUUGAUUGGUCGAGAGUAGCAUAUAUUU